AUCUGAAUAUUUAUGUCCUUUGUGAGUCGAGCGCAGUAGUCUGCAGUGUGUCUCCGCCUGUCAAGUGGGAUCGGGUCUCCUGGUAUUCCGUGAAUGCCAAUAACCCCGGAGUAUAAUCUGUGAAAAAUUUUGAUGGUUGAAAAUGGAACGCUGGGCAGGAAAGGUUGCCGUAGUGACGGGUGCAUCGUCGGGCAUCGGUGCAGCCGUGGCGAAAGCUUUGGUGAAGAAAGGAUUGACGGUGAUCGGCCUGGCAAGACGGAAAGAUCGCGUGCUUCGUUUGAAUGCAGAGCUGUCCGAUUGCCCCGGCACUUUAUGUGCCCGUGAAUGCGAUCUGAGCAAGGAGGAAAAUAUCUUGGAAGCCUUCCGUUGGAUCAAAGAUGAAUGGGGAGGGGUCGAUGUCCUCGUCAACAACGCCGGCGUUCUUCGAUUGUCAACGUUGACGGACGGCAGUACCGACGAUUGGAGGCAAACCUUGGACGUGAAUGUCUUGGCAGUUUGUAUCUGCGUAAGGGAGUGUCUCAAAUUGAUGGAGAAUCGCCCGUUCGGGCACAUUAUCAACGUAUGCAGCGUCGCCGGCCAUCGGGUACCGAACUUGAUUCCAUUAUUCCUCAACGUCUAUCCUGCGAGCAAACACGCGGUGCGUGCGAUUUCAGACACUUUGAGACUCGAAUGCACCCGUGAUAAGAGGAAGAUCAAGGUCACGAAUCUCAGCCCGGGUACUGUGGCCACUGAAAUUGUAAAAGACGCAGAAAAUCUGAGCGAACGAUUGAGUGCGGAGGAUAUCGCAGAACUUGGUCGUCACACGGUGUACCUACAGCCCCAGGAUGUCGCGGACGCAGUUUCGUACGUUCUGGAAACACCUCCCCACGUUGAAAUACGCGAGUUGAUUAUAGAGCCCUUGGGAGCGCUUUUCUGAUCAUCUGUAACAGACGACACUGCGUGACCCUUAGAAUCCCUGUGUCACAACUUAUAACCAAACACAUGAGAAUCGCAUCUGGUAUUCAUCUUUCGAACCAUCCGCACAAUGUGAACGUAAAUAAAGAAGCGUUUCUGUUUA